UAGAGCUUUUGAUUGGUCCAAUAGUUGAGGGGGGCGUGGCGAACGUUCUUGGGUGGCGACUGCAUGUUCACGUUGGGUUAACGCUUCUCUCAGAUUCGUCUGUAGGCGAACUGGCGUCCCUGCUGACAGAAACCUGAGAGGAUUUGUUAUCCUGGGCCAUCUAAGGAUUUGUUGUGAAUCUUACAGGGAAACGGACGGUUAAGAGCAGUGCCGAAUGGCUGCACUGCGUCGUCUGAGGCAGUGCCACCCCACAGGCAUUGCUAUCUCUAAUCUUCACACGAGCAGCCGUCUCUCUGCCAAGCAGCAUUACAAAAUGCUUGUGCUCGGAGGAGGAAGUGGGGGCAUUGCAAUGAGUGCGCGAAUGAAGAGGAUGAUGGGAGCUGGGAACGUCGCUGUUGUGGAGCCUAGUGAGAUGCACUACUAUCAGCCAAUAUGGACUCUGGUUGGUGCUGGUGCAAAAACUGUAGCCUCAUCAGGUCGCCCCACUGCAAGUGUUAUGCCCUCUGGAGUGAAGUGGGUGAAAUCUAAAGUUCAGGAAAUAAACCCAGACCAAAACACUGUUCGCACAGAUGAUGGGACUGAGAUCUCCUAUGAGUAUUUGAUUGUGGCUCUUGGAUUACAACUCCACUAUGAGAAGAUCAAAGGACUGCCCGAGGGGUUUGAACAUCCAAAGAUUGGGUCAAACUACUCAGUCCAAACAGUGGAGAAAACAUGGAAAGCACUGCAGAAUUUCAAAGAGGGCAACGCUGUGUUCACUUUCCCGAAUACUCCUGUGAAAUGUGCUGGAGCUCCACAGAAGAUCAUGUACCUCUCAGAUGCCUUUCUCAGAAAGACAGGGAAAAGGACUAAGGCCAAUGUAAUAUACAACACAUCACUACCUGUGCUCUUUGGGAUCAAGAAAUAUGCUGAGUCAUUGUGGGACAUUGUGAAGCAUCGUGACCUACAAGUGAACCUGAGGCAGAACCUGAUUGAAGUGCGGGCAGACAAACAAGAAGCUGUGUUUGAAAACCUUGACAAACCAGGCGAAACCACAGUUUUUGAGUAUGAAAUGCUUCAUGUCACACCACCAAUGGGACCCAAUCUGGUGAUUAAAGGCAGUCCACUGGCAGAUCAGGUUGGCUGGUUGGAUGUCAACAAAGACAAUCUCCAGCAUAAGAAGUACCCAAAUGUGUUUGGGAUUGGAGAUUGUACCAACCUGCCCACAGCCAAAACUGGUGCUGCGGUUGCUGCGCAGUCUGCUAUCUUGAACAGAACCAUCAGCAGAGUACUGAAAAAUGAGAAGCCCGAUAAGAAGUAUGAUGGCUACACCUCAUGUCCGUUGGUUACGAGCUACAACACAGUAAUUCUGGCAGAGUUUGACUACAACGGACAACCACUGGAAACGUUCCCCAUCAACCAAGCCAAAGAAAGAAGAUUAAUGUACUACAUGAAAGCUGAUGUAAUGCCUCAUCUUUAUUGGCACGGGCUUCUCAAGGGCCUGUGGGGUGGACCAGGACCAUACAGGAAACUCCUUCAUCUUGGGAUGAAAUGAAACCCCACUAUCAUUUUGCAUGUUAAGAGUUACAUUUCCUAAACUUUUAGGGGGAAAAAGCACAUUAAAUUCAUCAUUCAUAAUUCCGAAAAGGAUGAUCACACAUGUGGCUAGUGCAGUAAUAUUUAUGGCCUGUACAUCAAGACUAAAUUACAACGACUUGGAUCAAGUUAUAGUUAAUAUUUAAAGAGCCAGGUCCAUUUAAAGCUGCAUAAAGUGCUGAUUUUGAUAUUACCGUGGAAUAAAAUUACUCCUUAUAAAGAGAGAGUUAUUUGAAGUGCAGUAAACACCUGAGAAAUAAUGCUUUUAGCUACUUAUAGAUCAUUUUUUUCUUUUGUUCUUUUGGCGGCAUGUUGAAUGUAAGAUCUCGCUGCUUUCACCAACCCCAUUAUCUGACAAGCAGGAGCUUCUAUAAGAGCCCAACAAAAUUUUGUAGAAUAUUCUUAUUCCACAUUGAUUUGUAAACCUAGGUAUACCAGAGCACUUUUAGAAGCCAGUAGGUUUCACUAAAGCCCCACAGCCAAGCUGAAGUUACCUGGACUCUUGUUUUACUUCCCUGGAGAGUAUACACUCCUUGUGGCUCAAGUUCAUCCAAUGAACUGAUCCAAAAUUGUUUUUUAUAUUCAUAGCUUCUUUGCAUUUUAUGUGCAAAUUGCAGCAUAAAUGAGCAAAGCAAAAUGUUGAUGUUAACAGAGUAUUGGACAACUCUACAGCUGUAAUCACUGUCUACUUGCCGUCGAUGUUGUAUUGACAGAAGUCUCUAUGUCCACAGAUAACCUUGUGUCCAGUUUGCUAAACCUGUUAUUGUGUGGGAUUUUCAUAGUCUUUGAAACUAUUUCCAGCUUAAAAACUAAAGCGUCCGAUCUGUGAAAAUGUUUUUUAUAAACAAUCAUUUGUGCUACCAAACGUUUUUUAAGAGAUGUUGUCUUUGGGAAAGCUGGACCAUUAACAUGCAAACUACCACAAGUGCUUUUUCUUACGUUUAAACAUCAAUGUCAGAAAUAGUGUUUUGUUAAUAGUGAUUAUUUUUCUAUCAGUGCUAAACUGAAUUAUAAACAUCUUGGUGGUUAUAUAGUGUGUGGUAACUUCAUAUUUUUAAAAAUGACUAAAAAUGGCUGUACUCUUAUAAACCUACUAUAAAGAUGGUGUUGAAGUAAAAACUUAAAUUGUUGACAGAAAAUUAUAAAUAUAUACUCAGUAUCAUUUCACCCUUGUUGGAAUUUAUUGGUAUUUUACAUUCAAUAUUACAAAAACAAUAUUGAAUUUUACAUAACGCUUUGUUUUGCUGUGAUUUAUAUAUAGGAUCAUUUACUUACUUGAAUUCACAGACCUAUUUAGGGUAUUUAAGGCACCAUCAAAAAUUGUGUUCAGUUCCCUUUCUCCACAACUGAAACAGAAAGGGUGCCUGGCAAGCAAAUGUUUUGCAUAUUCGUAGCCAUUAAUUAUAUAGCUCUUUCAGUUUAUACUACAGCUGACCAAUUUUCAUAGUUUUACCGCAGUUUUUAGAUUGACCCAAAUCCUUUGUCCUGCCUUAGAAGCAUCUAAAGUCAUCAGCAAAACAAGGUUCAUUAUUCAUGUACUCUUGCAACAGUUUUUACAUGCUGUCUGUGCCCAUAUUGACUGCAGUGUCCUGGCUGAUGAUUUGCAUUCUAAGGAUUCAGCAACUUUUUAUACAUACAGUAAGAGAUGAUUCAUUAAUAUUAGUUCAUUUUGUUUUAUAAAAGUCACCUUGCAGAGCCUAGAAUUUAUGGCAUUUUGUUUCAUUGAAUGAUUGUUGUCAGUUAUGUUUUGUUGUGAGAUAAUGCAGCACUGUGUUUCAGAGACUCUGCCUAUGCUGCUGCUAAGCUGUACCAGAGACAUGAACUCAAACUUGGCUUUUUACAGUAUAAAGUAGCUCAAAUUGUUCAUGUCA